CUUACACACUCCCUCUCUCUCUCUCUCUCUCUCAUCAGGAUAUAUACAGAUAUAUAUAAACAAAAUAUGCAGACGCCACCGCGACGUCCGCCGCCAACAAUGCCUUCAUCCUCAUCCUCAACCGCCGCCGCCGAAGUCGACGCCAAAAUCUGGCGAGCAGUCGCCGGCGCCGCCGUGCGCGUUCCCUCCGUCAAUUCCUACGUCUACUACUUCCCCCAGGGGCACCUGGAGCAGUGCUCCGCCGCUGCAGCCGUCACUAAUCGCAAUUUUACCCUAAUGCGGCCGUGGUUUCCCUGCCAAAUACUCUCCGUUCGAUUCCUCUCUGAUCCUGCCUCCGAUCAGGUGUAUGCCAAGAUCCUCCUCCAGCCGCUGCAGCCGCUCGGUCCACGGCCGAGUAACGCCGCCGGCGGAGGCGCUGGAGACGACGACGACGUCGUCUCGUUCGCGAAGAUCUUGACGCGGUCGGACGCGAACAACGGCGGUGGAUUCUCGGUGCCUAGGUUUUGCGCGGACAUGAUCCUGCCGCAGCUCAACUUCGCGGCGGAUCCGCCGGUGCAGAACCUGGUGCUGAGAGACACGCACGGCCAUGCAUGGGAGUUUCGGCACAUCUACCGCGGCACGCCGCGGCGGCACCUGCUGACGACGGGGUGGAGCAAGUUCGUCAACGCGAAGCGCCUGGUCGCCGGCGACGCCGUCGUGUUCAUGAAGAAGAGGUCGACGGGCGAGCUGUUCGUCGGGAUACGGCGCGCGGAGAGAAUAGGCGGCGACGCCGCGGCGGAGGAGGCCGAGGCGGUGGCGGCGAUCGAGAGCGCGGUGAGGGGUAUGCCGUUCGAGGCGGUGUACUACCCGAAGGCCGGGUCCUUCGACUUCGUGGUGAUGGCGGAGAAGGUGAAGGACUCGCUGCGGAUGCGGUGGAGCGCCGGAAUGAAGGUGCGGAUGGCGGUAGAGACCGACGACGCGUCGCGGCUGACGUGGAUUCAAGGCAUUAUAACCGCCGCGUCGACGCCGGCCGGGAUCUGGUGCGGCUCCCCCUGGCGCAUGCUGCAGGUGGAUUGGGACGACGCCGAAGGUUCGCAACAUGUGAACAAAGUAAGCCCAUGGCAAGUCGAAUACGUCCAAAUGUCUCCACUAAUCGACCACGACUUCCCUCCGACCAAGAGGUACAGAUUCCUGCAAGAUUCCGGCAUGAUCUCCUUCGAAGAAAAGAGGCCCUACCCCUUCUCUCCGGCGAAUAUCUUCAACUUCUCUCAUUAUCAACCUGCCGGCAUGCAGGGAGCCAGGCGAGAUCACACGGCCAACCAACUCCAACCGGCUCUCCACGCCCUCCAGCCGGUGUUGGUCCACAAUCUCCAACCGCUGAUCAACAAUCCCCAACCGGCAAUCAACAACGACGCCGAUCAAGAACUCAUCUCUGUUUCCACGCUGCUCAGCAUUGGGAGCUCCUACUCCUGCUCCGACAUCGUGUCGCCGGUCAGCCCGGGCAGCGAGCAGUCCCCGCUCGGGCAGCGACCCGCCUCCUUCCAGCUGUUCGGGACGACCAUCCAAACGUCCGGGGCCGGCGGAGACUGCGACUGCGGUGGAGAGGGAUGCGACCGUUGCAUAUAGAGAUUGAUUAAGUUGUAAAGUUGUAAUGAGAGAGAUAGAGUGAGAGGGAGAGAGAGAGAGUCCAAUUUUAGACAUUCGUUUAGAAUUGUGAUUUGAUCUCACUUUGAGAAGUAUGGUGGAAUUAUGACCAGUUUGGUUUAUGUUUUAAUGUUUUUGAAAUAGAAAAAUAAAAUUUGUAAGCUGUUAAUUAUGUAACCUUGA